ACGUUUUCAGAAAUUGGUGUUGAUAACACUUUUUCUUAUCUUUUUUACCUUGUUUUAAAUAUGUUUAUAAAAUUUAAUGUCCAAUAACUAAUGCGUUUCAUGAGCUAAUAACGCUAGUGAUGAAUUUAAAUGUUUAAAAAAUCAGCCAUGAAUUGUAGAAUCAUCUUAUACCUCUACUUCCUAUGCAUCAUCUCACUUCUAGUUUCUCUUUGCUUGUUCCUAAAUUCAAGCAAACACAAUUAUCAAAAUGGGCAUAAGAAGCAACCAGACUUUCUUGUGAGGAGGGAUCCAGAAGCUGCUCAUGAAAAUGAAGUUUUCAUUUUAUCAAAAGCGAACAUUGGCCAGUUUGUUUGGCACCAUGUUUUAAACGCAAGCAGUUACUUUAUACGGCACCGGAUGUGGCAGAUGGGAAGUCUCGAUUUUGAUGGAGUCUCCUAUAAAUUUUAUGCUGGACCUGGCCUCAUUCAGACCACCGCUCCAAAACAAAUUGAACGUUUAAUUUUAAUUCUAAACGGCCGGACUGAAUCAAAAGUUGCCUCUUCAAAACUUUGGCUAGACUACCUGUCAGUUUUUAAAAAUCUUCAAAAAGUGGGAGUAGUACUAUUGGGUAAUGAAAAUUGUGACAAUAACUGGAUUCUUCCGUACUUGGAAUCAAACGGUGGGCCUGUAACGUUUGUGUUCCUGGUUUAUGAUAGCCCGUUGGUGAAUAAUCAAGAUGUUUUCCAAUGGCCACUUGGAGUAGCUGAUUACAGAGGAUUUCCAAAUGUUAACCCAAGUGAUGUGGACAUCAUCUUGAAGAGACCAUUCAUUUGUAAUUUCAUGGGAACUGUUUAUGAAGAUUCCUCAAGAAAGUUUCUAAUGGACAUCCUACAGAGCAGUCCUCUAAACAGGAGCAUUUAUUUGAAAGGGCGUGAUAAGUGGACAGAGGGUGAAUCUACAGAAUCAAUUAAAAAUUAUUUAAAUGCUUUGAAAAACUCAGACUAUACUCUCAAUCCUGUCGGUUUGAAUUCUGAAUGCUAUCGAAUCUACGAGGCGAUGUCUGUUGGCAGCACCCCUGUUAUAGAAAACGUUGUGACUCCAGGGAGCUGCUCCCGAGGCAAAGAUUCCCCGUUGAGGUUGCUCAAAAAAUAUAAUGCUCCGGUAGUGUACGUCAAUGAUUGGAGUAACAUCAUGGAUAUAAUUAGGGAUCAAUUAAACAUCAGUCAGCAGGAUUUAAUGAACCAGCGAAUUAGAAUACUGAAUUGGUACACAGAAUUCAAACGGAAAAUGAAGCAUCAAUUUCAUAGAGUUGUAAAAUCUAAGUUUGCAAUUGCCAAUAGUGCAUUUAUUUGAAAAGACUGAAAUUGAAUGUUUCGCCAAUUUUUAAGUCUACAGUUAAGGAGCAUUCAUCCUCAAAGACACAUUUAUAAAAGAAUUAAUCCUUAUAGGGAACCGAAAAGCAGAAAUGUUCUUUCUGAGAGCUCAGAAAUUUUUUUUUCUCUCCUAAUUGCUGUUAAAGAUGCGUUGUCAAACCCAACAAUGCCAGACAGAAAUUACCUGAUAGCCAUCAAGUGAUGAGUAAAAUGUUUUUUAACUCCUAUGGAUUUGCCAGAUUGCCAAGGUAGCUGCCCUACAAAUUACUCAACAACCCCUGAAGGUUAGAAAUGUUUGCCAUUUGCAAAGCUUUUGAAUUAGUACUUUAUUAUUGUUAACAUUUUAUUUUUGAUGUCAUGCUGAUGCAUCGGUCAGCAAUGUUGAGAUGACAUCAAUGGCAGCCAUUCUUGUUUGGUUUAACAAUGUAUCUUAGGUGCACUUUCUUGAUGCUAACACAAAAGCACUAUGCGAAGCUCUUCAAUGCCCACUUUCCUGAAUUUUAAUCAAUUGAAACCGGUAACUACUUAAGUAGGUUUGUUAUGAUGAUCUUUUUUACUCUACAUAAUAAGUUGACUUUUACUUUAUUCUUAAUAGUUUACAUUACAAAAAUGAAGCUUCACUCCUCUUUUCCCAAAUGAAUUAUGUGCCAAAUUUUGAGAGACACUGUGACAAUUGAAGUUUAUCUCUUGUGGGUUGUGAAAAAUCAGAAAUUUUAUCUAGUCCUCCUUCAUGAAUGUAAUUUUGAUCUGAAACAAUGAUUGCAAUAUUGAUUUCGUACUUCAAAUCAAUCAUUGUUAUUAUACUCAACAGUAUUUUCUCUUUUAGUCAGUACUGUAACUAAAUUAUUUAUUUUACUGUGAUAAGCAGUCAUUGAAGUUGACUGUCAUUUUGUACGGAAAAAUUGACUGCCUAAAACCUGCUUACAAUAAAAAAGUUUCGACUAAAA